CUCAGCCCUUGUACCUGUAAUUUAAAAAGUGCUUUCACCUUACAAUAAUGAUGUGUGGUCGCUAGUAAUGCUUGUAAUAAUCAAUCGAUUAUAUUUCUGAGUUGUGUAAGUAGUUGCCAAAUUUUUUGAAACUUACGAGUUAUUAAAAGUUUAAAAUAUAAACCCAACUUUUUGUGCGUUAAUGAAAAAAUGUAAAUGGAUAGUCCUUUCAACUAAUCUCUAUAAUGGGGGAUUCCUUGGAAGCUUCUGUUGAGUCGGCGGAAACUCAACAUUCUAAUGUUAUCGAUUUUGAAGUAUUUGUAAACUACCUUCGCAAAUCUGUAAGUGUCUUACAUCCUGAAGAAGAAAAUGCUCCACAUGCUUUUAAUUCAGCUCUUGAAGAAAAAAACAAUUCGGAAUGUAUUAAGAAAUUCAUAAAUGAUUCUCAAGUUUGGGCUCUAUGUAUACAACGGAUUUCUAGUAAAGAUGAUGAUAAUGGUGAAACUGAUGACGAAAGAGAAAAUAUCUACUACAUAUCUAAUGAAAUUUAUUUUACAAGUCCUAAAAUGGCAUCAACGGUAUUUACAAAGAGAGGAGUGGUAAUUGAAGCUGAUAAAUCUGUUCACUCACAACUUCGUCUGGUAUAUUUUUCCGAUGGAUCUCCUUAUGAAACAUUGCACGCAAUUAGUAAAACAAUGGCUCCUUACUUCAAAAGUUACGUCAAAGAAAAAGGUAAGACUGACAGGGAUGGAGAUAAAAUGGCUCCAUCAGUGGAAAAAAAAAUUGCUGAGCUAGAAAUGGGUUUACUUCAUUUGCAACAAAAUAUUGACAUUCCUGAAAUUUCCUUACCUGUACAUCCGCUUGUACAACAGAUUAUAAAACACUGUAAUGAAGAAGGAAGAAAACCUAAGGUUGCUGAUUUUGGAACUAAAGUAGAAGAUUCAACAUUUUUAAAUCAACUUCAAAAUGGAGUUAACAGAUGGAUUAAGGAGAUUCAAAAGGUAACAAAACUGAAUAGAGAUCCUGAAUCAGGAACCGCUUUACAAGAAAUUUCGUUCUGGCUAAAUUUGGAACGGGCUCUUCACAGAAUUCAAGAAAAACGAGAAAGUUUAGAAAUAUCACUAACACUUGAUAUUUUAAAACAUGGAAAACGUUUUCAUGCAACGGUCAGCUUUGAUACUGAUACUGGCUUAAAACAGGCUCUAGCAACCGUAAAUGAUUAUAAUCCUCUUAUGAAAGAUUUUCCUAUAAAUGAUUUAUUAUCAGCAACUGAAUUAGAACGAAUCCGUUCAGCCAUUCAGCAAAUAUUUAUUCACUUACGAAAAAUUAGAAAUACUAAGUAUCCAAUACAAAGAGUUUUACGACUAGUUGAAGCAAUCUCUCGAGACUUAAGCCAACAACUCUUGAAAGUCUUAGGAACUCGAAGACUUAUGCAUAUUUCUUUUGAGGACUUUGAGAACGUCAUGACACAAUGUUUUGAACUAUUUAAUACUUGGGAUGACGAGUAUGACAAACUUACUCAAUUACUAAGAGAAUUUGUUAAAAGAAAACGUGAUGAACACAUGAAAAUGGUAUGGCGUGUGGCUCCUGCUCACAAAAAACUACAAACUCGAAUGGAACACAUGAGACGUUUUCGACGUCAACAUGAACAACUAAGAACUGUUAUUGUUCGUGUUUUGAGACCGUCUAGGCACAGUACAUCUACAAUUGAUAAUGCUGAUAAUGAUACAGUCAAAGUUGAAUUUGUUUUUGAUGCCGCUGAUGCCAAUGCGAUAAGUGAAGUAAACUUAGCAUAUGAAAACGUCAAAGAAGUCGACUGUUUAGAUAUAACUAAAGAAGGAUUAGAGUCUUGGGAAGCUGCUGUUAGUAGAUACGAAGAACGAAUUGAACGAGUUGAAGCUAGAAUAACAGCACAUUUGCGUGAUCAACUAGGAACAGCGAAAAAUGCUAAUGAAAUGUUCAGGAUUUUUUCUCGGUUUAAUGCUCUUUUUAGUCAAAGACGAUAUUGA